GUCCCUUCCACCCACCCAACCCCGUCUCCUCCCUCGCUCGCCUCGCCUCGCCUCGCCUCGCGCGGCGUGUUGCCUUUUUCCGUGUGAUCUCUUCUCGCCUCACGCUUCUCCCCCCUCGCUCGCUCUCUCCUCAGCACCCAGACGAGCGCGCGCGGCGACCCUGGUCCUGGUCCGGCAGGUCUCCCGUCCCCUCGUCCUCCCUCCGCGAGCGGAGCCGAGCUGAGCGGGGGCUCGCGCGGGGCGUGACAUGGCGAGUGGUGGCGGCGGGGGCGCGGGCGGGGGCCUGGGCGCCGCGGGCGCGGGUGGACGGAUGCCCACGUGGAGGGAGCGCGAGAACAACAAGCGCCGGGAGCGCCGCCGCCGCGCGAUCGCCGCUAAGAUCUUCGCGGGCCUCCGCGCGCACGGCGGGUACAAGCUGCCCAAGCACUGCGACAACAACGAGGUGCUCAAGGCGCUCUGCAACGAGGCCGGGUGGGUCGUCGAGCCCGACGGCACCACCUACCGCAAGGGAAGCAAGCCCAUGGAACGCAUGGAUCAUAUCGGUUGCUCCGUGUCACCAAGCCCAUGUUCAUCAUACCAAGUCAGUCCACGAGCAUCAUACAAUGCAAGCCCUACUUCCUCCUCAUUCCCCAGUGGUGCAUCUUCCCCUUUCCUCCCUCCCAACGAAAUGGUCAAUGGUGGUAUCGACGGCAAUCCAAUCCUACCAUGGCUUAAGACAUUCUCCAACGGUACUCCAUCAAAGAAACACCCGCUUCUCCCACCACUGUUGAUCCACGGUGGCUCAAUCAGUGCUCCAGUAACCCCUCCUCUAAGCUCACCGUCAGCCCGAACACCUCGGAUGAAGACAGACUGGGACGAAGCAACCAUCCAGCCUCCAUGGCAUGGUGCAAACAGCCCCACAAUAGUGAACUCCACGCCGCCCAGCCCUGGGCGGUCCAUUGCUCCAGACCCUGCAUGGCUUGCUGGUAUCCAAAUCUCAUCGACCAGUCCAAAUUCCCCGACAUUCAGCCUCGUGUCCACCAAUCCGUUCAGCGUCUUCAAAGAGUCUAUCCCGGUCGGCAAUUCGUCGUCAAGGAUGUGCACGCCAGGGCAGAGCGGUACCUGCUCCCCUGCGAUCCCAGGCAUGCUCCAACACUCAGACGUUCACAUGAUGGACGCGGUCUCCGACGAGUUUGCGUUUGGGAGCAGCACGAAUGGCGCUCAGCAGGCUGCUGGGCUAGUCAGGGCGUGGGAAGGCGAGCGGAUCCAUGAAGACUCUGGAUCAGACGACCUCGAGCUUACGCUGAAGCUCUAGAGCAGGCCGGGUGGGCGCUGAUGCUUAACAUCGCUAACAUGAGGAAUUGCUGCUGUUGUUUUUAGUGUACUUGUUAUUGUUUAGUUCCUGAUGAUGGAGGCCUAUCAUAUGGCUCCAGGAUAGAUUCACUUGUGUUGAUGAUAAUUGUGGUGUUAUUUAUGCUUGGAGAGAGCGCAGUAGAGGUGAAAGACUUGAUAGGUUCGGGGCAAAAUUAGCUCAAAAUGUAGCCCGGAGCCGCAUUCAGCUAACUGACGGUCUCAAGUUGGCUGUUGCAUACUGUGCUGUUGUUGUGACAACUGUAAAUUAAUGUCAGAAAAUCAUUCAGAAAUGAUCUGGGAAUGUUU